GUGCAGGAGGGGGCGGGGUCUUAUUGACCGAAGUCCAGGAAGAAAUUUUCAGGCAUCAGGAUAAAUAGAUAACGACUUUUUCUGCAACAUCUCCUGCACGGUGUGUGGCCCAAACGUCCGCUGGCACUGACCUGUCGAGAUGGCUGACAACAGAGAUAAAUGCACCGACCAGAUGAAGAUAUGGAAGGAGAACAGAGGCUCUCAGAGACCAGAUGUGCUGACCACAGGGGGUGGCCAUCCCGUCGGAGACAAGCUGAACCUGCUAACUGCAGGACCAAGAGGCCCUUUGCUGGUCCAAGAUGUGGUCUUCACAGAUGAGAUGGCCCACUUUGACCGGGAACGAAUCCCUGAGAGAGUGGUGCAUGCCAAAGGGGCAGGAGCAUUUGGCUACUUCGAGGUCACUCAUGACAUCUCUCGUUACUGCAAGGCCAAGGUGUUUGAACAUGUCGGCAAGACAACUCCUAUCGCUAUCCGCUUCUCCACUGUGGCUGGAGAGUCGGGGUCCGCAGACACAGUGCGAGACCCCCGAGGCUUUGCAGUCAAGUUUUACACCGAAGAGGGCAACUGGGACCUGACCGGCAACAACACCCCCAUUUUCUUCAUCAAGGACGCCAUGCUGUUCCCAUCCUUCAUCCACACUCAGAAGCGCAAUCCUCAAACCCACAUGAAGGACCCUGACAUGGUGUGGGACUUCUGGAGUCUGAGGCCUGAGUCUCUGCAUCAGGUGUCUUUCCUGUUCAGUGAUCGAGGUCUGCCUGAUGGCUACCGCCACAUGAACGGCUACGGCUCGCACACCUUCAAACUGAUCAAUGCUGAUGGCCAACCUGUCUAUUGCAAGUUCCACUACAAGACUGAUCAAGGAAUAAAGAAUCUGCCAGUGGAGGAAGCAGACCGCCUGGCAUCCACCAACCCAGAUUAUGCUAUUGGAGACCUGUUCAAUGCAAUUGCCAAUGGCAACUACCCAUCCUGGACCUUUUUCAUCCAGGUCAUGACCUUUGAGCAGGCUGAGAGGUUUCAAUUCAACCCGUUUGACCUCACUAAGGUGUGGUCACAUAAAGAAUACCCUUUGAUCCCAGUGGGCAAAUUGGUCCUCAACAGGAACCCAGUUAACUACUUUGCGGAGGUGGAGCAGCUGGCGUUUGACCCCAGCAACAUGCCACCAGGCAUCGAGCCCAGCCCUGACAAGAUGCUGCAGGGCCGACUCUUCUCCUACCCAGACACACAUCGACACCGUUUGGGGGCCAACUACCUGCAGCUCCCUGUUAACUGCCCCUACAGGGCCCGUGUGGCCAACUACCAGCGUGAUGGUCCGAUGUGCAUGUUUGACAACCAGGGUGGAGCUCCAAAUUACUAUCCCAACAGUUUCAGUGCCCCGGAGACCCAGCCUCGAGUUGUGGAGUCCAAGUUCAAGGUGUCUCCAGAUGUGACCCGUUACAACACCGAGGAUGAAGAUAAUGUCACACAGGUUCGCACCUUCUACACCCAAGUGCUGAAUGAAGACGAGCGCCAGAGACUUUGCCAAAACUUGGCAGGAGCCCUGAAGGGAGCCCAGCUCUUCAUCCAGAAACGCAUGGUUGAGACUUUGAGGGCUGUCCAUCCAGACUACGGAAACAGGGUUCAGACUCUUCUCAACAAGUACAACGCAGAGGCCCCCAAGAACACAGCUGUGCGUGUUUACAGCCGUCCAGGUGCCUCGGCCGUCGCUGCGUCCUCUAAGAUGUGAUGCAUCCAGAGAUCCCCCCCCCCCCCAGUUUUCACUCAGAGCAAAUGCACCAAUGGCCUACCAAGUGCUACGACCAGGAUCAAGAUUAGACUUAACCUACCAUUUACCAUCAACUCUGAUGGUUAAAUGGUGUUGUAGAGUUGACGUUUAGUUUAGUUCAUUUUUAAGUCCGUCAUUCCUAGCAGUUAAUUUUUCCUCAAACUUCUCAGCGCCAUUAACAUCCAGAAGGCUCGGUAGAAAUCCUCUGAGGUACAUUUGUCCUGGUUGAACUGCAGUUUUGGAUAAAAUGAACAGGAUUCUUGGCGUGUAUGUAAUUUUGACUCGUGACUCUGGUUAUAGCACUUGACUUGAACCACACAACGCCUUGGAAGUAAUUUAAUCAAUCCAUCCAUCAUCUAAUAAUCAGCUUUACUUUUGACUUGAUUGCAAUAAAUGAACUAACCGCAGCUACUGAUUGUUUUCAAUAAUUCCUCAGAUUUGUGUGCACUACUAUGUUGUGAUGAUACACUUUCCUUUAGUUAAAAAAUAAAAACAAAUCAACAUUUACAUAAUGUUUGUUUAAAAAAACUUGUGUGUACCCAUGUCCUCGCCUGAGAUGUACUGCAGACUGAAGUCUGACAGCUGCUUUGGUGAGAGACUGGAUUCAAACUGGUAAAACAACUGGGUUUGCUCUGCAGGAUUGGCUUUCUGUUUUGCUUUACUUUUGUUUUCACGAAAAGCAAAACUGAGUUUGGGCUUGUUUCCUUCCUGCUUGACUAAACCACUGAAAGUCUGAGAGCACUGCAGGCAGUUGUUUUUCAGUUAUUGAAAAUGGUAAUGAGUGUUUAUUUACUAUCAGAUAAAGAGCAAGCUUUGGCGUGUGGAAAUUAACAAAAGACAAUCUUUGGUGCCUUUUUUUGUAGCUACAAUUUACAGAUGACCUUAAACUUUGUCUGGAAAGAAAAAAACAAAUGUGAUUUGUUCUGUUUGAUUUUGGUGAAAGUAACUGUAGUUUUUAACAGUGUGGAGGUAAACUGUACAUUAGCGUCAUUAGUAACCGAAAGUUGUAAAAGUGUGAGUUUGUUGGGGUUAAAUAGAAUAUUACAAAAUGUGACAUUUCAAAGGCAUGUUGUCCUGUGAAAAGACCACAUCACCUACAGGAUUGUCCAUGUACCCUUCUAUUUGUUUUCUGUGGAUGUUUAAGUUGAGAACCUGCUUCAGAUGCGACGUGUUGAGUGCCUGAAUUAAUAAAUUUGUAAUUGAAGCUUAU